CCUUCCCAAGAAUGGCUUAUUGGGCUCUUUCCAGAUUUUUUCUCUUCUCUUUCACAUUUCUCGCCCAUUUUCUCACCCACCGAAUGGCAACUGCCUGGAGACCCCUCGAUCCCACCAGAGGGUUCAAGUUGCUCCCGCUGAAUCGAUCAAAUCUUGUGAUCCAGAGACCAUACGACCUGCCUGAAGAUCAUAGGUACAGCUUCUGUGAUGGAGUUCACAGGCUCUGGGUUCUUUCCACGGAUAAGCCUCAUACUCCCACCAGUCGAACCAGCCCUCGGACUGAAAUCCGCAUCCAAGGAUACGACUACUCCUCGGGGGUGUGGCAGCUCGAGGGUCAUGCAUACGUGCCAUGUGGCACAUCUGGGGUCUGCAUCAUGCAGGUGUUCGGAGCGAGCCCCCACGCUACAACCCUGAUGCUCAGGGUUUACAAUGGAUCACUAUAUUACUAUAGGGAAACCCUCUUGGUCCAGAAUAUCUACAACAGGUGGUUCAAACUGAACGUGAUCCACGAUGUGGACGCCUCCAAAGUGAAGGUCUACAUUGAUGGUAAGCUCAAGCUCGAGGCUGCGGGUCGGGGUGGCACAUCCCAUUACUUCAAAUGCGGGGUGUACGCACAGGACAAUGAUUCUUACUACAUGGAGUCCCGUUGGAAGGGGAUUAAGGUCCUAAAGAAGUGUGAUUGAGAUGAUAUUAUCAAGGUAUGUUUUGUUUGGUCUGUGUCGAGUGUGAUGUAACUUAAUGUUUCGAAAGUGAUUUGCAACAGACAAAAUUAACUUGUAGCUAGCCGGUCCGGCACGCUUCUAAAUUUCACAUUAUGCAACAGUGUCCAAGAAACAAA